UACUGGGGUUUCAUUCGUUGCACAAAAGAAGGGUGGCUGCCAGAAGUACCAUGCAUCAGACAAUGCAUUUUCAAUUUUGUGGAAAACGGACAUUACUCACGUGAAACAAGACAUUUACUGAAUGAAUCUGUUAAAGUUGACUGUUAUCCUGGCUAUAGUCUUUCAAAUGGUCAAAACACAGUUACAUGUACAGAGAAUGGCUGGUCCCCUCCUCUCAAAUGCAUUCGGAUUAAAUCUUGUGAUAUGCCAGCAUUUGAGAAUGCUAAAACCAAAAGUAAUGCCACCUGGUUUAAACUCAAAGACAAGUUGGACUAUGAAUGUAAUGUUGGGUUUGAAAACAGAUUCAGGAGUGCCAAAGGAUCCAUAGUAUGUCAGGAAAAUGGAUGGUCACAUAAACCCACAUGUUAUGAAAGGGAAUGCAGGAUUCCCAAAAUGGGAAAAUUCUUAAUGGCUGAUCCCAAGAAAGAUAAAUAUAAAGUUGGAGAUUUGUUGAAAUUUUCCUGCCGAUCAGGACUUACAAGAGUUGGACCAGAUUCAGUACAAUGCUACCAUUUUGGAUGGUCCCCGGAUAUCCCAAUAUGUAAAGAUCAAGUACAGUCAUGUCAUCCACCUCCUCCACUAUUCAAUGGGGAAGUUAAAGAAACAAAGAAAGAAGAAUAUGGACACAAUGAAGUGGUAGUAUAUAAUUGCAAUCCUAGAUUUUUGAUGAAGGGACCUAAUAAGAUUCAAUGUGUUGAUGGAACGUGGACAUCCUUACCAAAAUGUAUUGAGGAGGAGAGAACGUGUGGAGCUAUACCUGAACUGGACCAUGGCUUUGCCCAGCCUUCUGACCCGCCUUAUCACCAUGGGGAUUCAGUGGAGUUCCAUUGUACAGAAACCUUUACAAUGAUUGGAGACAGAUCAAUUACAUGUAUUAGUGGAAUGUGGACCCAACUUCCUCUGUGUGUUGCAACAGAUCAACUUAAGAAGUGUCAAGCACCAAGACUAACUGCAAAUGUAGCAAAUCAAUCAGAUAAAAAUGAAUAUAAUCAUAAUUUUAACUUCAGUUACCAAUGUAGGGGAAAGUUGGAGCAGAAACAUUCAAUCUGUGUCAACGGACGAUGGGACCCUGAACCAACCUGCACAAAAGUGGAGAUAAACUUCUGCCCACCUCCACCUCAGAUUCCCAAUGCUGAAGAUAUGAAAACCACAGUGAAAUAUCAGGACGGACAAAAAGUAUCUGUUCUUUGCAAAGAAAAUUAUCUGAUUAAGGAAGCAGAAGAAAUUGUGUGCAGAAAUGGAAGAUGGCAGUCAAUACCACACUGUGUUGAAAAACUUUCAUGUUCUCAACCACCUGACAUAGACCAUGGAAGAAUUAGUCCAUCUAGAUCUUCAGAAGAAAGGAAAGAAGCAAUUGAAUCCAGACAGUAUGCACAUGGCACUAAACUGAAUUAUAUUUGUGAAGAUGGUUUCACAGCCUCUGAGGAAGAUGAGAUAACAUGCUACAUGGGCAAAUGGAGUCCUCCACCUCGGUGUGUAGGACUUCCUUGUGAAGGAAUUUUCUAUUUGUUGAAUUUUCUAUGUUUUGAAAAUACAUAUUUUUCUGUUUCAGGAACAGAUUGUUUUAAUUUACCCAACUUUGAUAGUGCCACGCUUUUAGGAGAGAGGAAAGAAUCAUAUAAGUCAGGAGAUCAAGUGACUUACAGAUGUCCAAAAUUUUACCAAGUGGAUGGGUCCAACACUAUAACAUGUAUUAAUGGCAAAUGGAUAGGAAAGCCAAUGUGCAAAAAUAUUUCCUGUGUGAAUCCAUGCAGAGUGUAAAAUGCUAACAUAAUAUCAAACCAGAUGCUUAAGUAUCCAUCUGGUGAUAGAGUAGGUUAUGAAUGUAUCAAACCUUUUGAAAUGUUUGGGGAAGUAGAAGUGAUGUGUCUAAAUGGAAUAGAGUCACCUCAGUGUGAAGAUUCCACAGGAAAAUGUGGACCUCCUCCACCUAUUGACAAUGGAGACCUCACUUCAUUCCCAUUACCAGUAUAUCCUACGGGAUCAGCAGUUGAAUAUCAGUGCCAAUCCUUAUAUCAACUUGAGGGUAGCAAGACAGUAAUAUGUAGAAAUGGAAAGUGGUCAAACCCACCAAAAUGUUUACAUGCAUGUGUAAUAUCAAAAGAAAUCAUGGAAAGAUACCACAUUACCUUCAGGUGGAAAGAACAGCAAAAGCUUUAUGCUUCAUCAGGGGACACAGUUGAAUUUGUGUGUAAAUAUGGAUAUUCUCCAUCAACUCAAAGUCAAUCAUUUCGUACAAGGUGUAUUGAUGGUCACCUGGAAUAUCCCCUUUGUAUGAACAGAUACUCUUAAUCUCAUUAAAAUGUGCACUUAAAUUCAGAAUUUUUAUUAUUAAUCUAGUUUUCAAUUUUAUUUUAAAAUAUUGUUUAACUCAUUUUUACUCAUAAAUUAGAAUUUGUGUUGAAACAUGCUGAUGUGUUUAGAAUCUGAGAGGCUAGAGCCCCACAUCUUAAAAGCACUGCAUUCAAAUUUGGCAAACCAAAGUGCCAUGCAUCCUAUUCAUAAAACAUCUGUGGCAAGAAAUUAGAUGCAAUUACUUCA